CGUCCAGCAGCUGAUCGGUAAUCCAGAAGAAGUUUCCCCUCAGUUAGGGGGGAGCUCCACUUUGAAGCAGGAGACUCCACAACCACCCUGCAUUAAAAAGGAAGAGGAGGAACUCUGCAUCACUCAGGAGGGAGAGUGUCUUCUAGGACGAGAGGAAGCUGAUUACACCAAGUUUCCACUGAGUAUUCUCUCUGUGAAGACUGAAGAUGAUGAAGAGAAACCACAAGUAGACAACCUCUUACCUCCACUAUCAGAUAGUGAGGCUGAAGACGAGGUUGAAGAACCUUUGAGCAGCGAUAAAGACUGUGAAGGUGAUAUGAGGACUCACACUGACAACAAACACUCUGAAUGCUCUACAAAGAAGAGAGGUGAAACAUGUUUCAGCUGCUCAGUUUGUGCUGAAAGUUUUACUAAGAAGAGCCGUUUGACUCGACACAUGAGAACACACACAGGAGAAAAAACAUUUAUUUGUUCAGUUUGUGGCAAAAGCUUUUCUCAAAAUUGCAUUUUGACUGAACACAUGAGAACACACACAGGAGAAAAACCAUAUAAGUGUUCAGUGUGUGGCAAAAGCUUUUGUGUUAAGACCAAUUUGACUAAACACAUGAGAACACACACUGGUGAAAAACCAUUUAGUUGUUCAGUUUGUGGCAUAAGCUUUUCUCAAAAUAGCUAUUUGACUGAACACAUGAGAACACACACUGGACUAAAACCAUUAAAUUGUUCAGUUUGUGGUACAAGCUUUCCUCAUAACGGCUCUUUGUGGCGACACAUGAGAACACACGCUGGAGAAAAAUCAUUUAGUUGUUCAGUGUGCUGUAAAAGGUUCUCACGUAAUGCAGACGCAGUAAAACACAUAAGAACACACAAGGGAAAAUAACCAAUUAGCUGUUUAGUUUGUGGUAUGUUGCUCAUAUGUGGCGACAUCCACCCUACCCAGGACCUCCUCACUGCUUCUUUCACAAAUAUCUGAGGUAUUCAUACAAACUUGGAUUAUUUGAAGCAUAAUAUUAUCUACUCAUGACCCCAUGUCUUCUCUGUAUCUGAAACCUUCCUGAACAGUAAGAUAGAUGAUGCUUCAAGUGCUUGGUUACUCCUUCUUCAGUCCAGGGACCUGGGGCCUCAUGUGUCAAGUUUGUGCACGCUCAAAAACCUGCACUACACCCUUUUUCACUGCAAAGUUGAGAUGUAUCAAAACUGACUAACGCAUAAGUGAUGCUGGGUAACUGUUUGCAUAACCAAGUGCCAACUUUUACUCUUCAGACUGAUUGAUGUGCAAAUCAGAGACAUAUGAACAAUUAACCCCCAACACCCACAACCCAACCCCCACCUCCCUCGACAUGGUCCUGGUGGAGAUCUACACUCUUAGUGCUUUUCGUCUUUAUUCAGAGUAAUGAUUUGACUUUCUAAAGGUUUUGAACUACUAAGUGGGUUGAAAAAUAUGUAUGUGUUUCUUGUAGUAUUUAAAAUGUAGAAUUGUUUUUCUUCAAUGUUUGCCCUUUUUCUGGUUUGAACAACAGCCAUGGAAAAAGUCUGUGCACAUGCUUGUAUAUAUACAUUUUUUAUUUUCAAACAGUAGUUGUCCGU